GUCACCACCAAACAUUGCAAUUGGGAUCAUGCCUGCAUUAAAGUUUGUGCGAUCAGUUUGGGAAUCCUUUCGAGCAACUUCAGGCCUGGAGCCAAGAUUGCUGGAUGGGCUUCGUGUGACCCAUGCCACCCCAGGCCGCGUGAAGUUUGAGCUUGAUAUCCAAAAAGAGCACACUAAUCGUCUCAACAUCCUUCAUGGUGGCACCAUAGCUAGUAUGGUCGAUUUAGGGGGAUCUCUGGCGGUAGCCUCCCGCGGCCUCUAUGCAACUGGCGUAUCUACAGACCUUAAUGUAACAUAUCUGAGUUCCGGAGGAAAGGUUGGGGACCUCAUUCGUGCUGAAGUUACAUGUGACAAAUUUGGCAAAACGUUAGCAUAUACAUCUAUUCAGUUCAAGAAUAGCAAGGAUGAAGUUUUCGCUCGAGGUAGCCAUACAAAAUAUGUAGCUCUAGCUUGGAAAGAGCCAAAGAACAUAGUUGAAGAGCUUUCGCCAAAGAGUGAAAAGAAAGAAUAGAAAAAUUAGAAAUAUCACUUAUAGCUUACGCAGCUCUGUAAAUUAAAAUCAAAAAAACUUAUUUGGCU